AUAUGGCCGCUAUUUAUUUGUUUCGGGCAAAUACGUCGGUGGCGGGAAAUUUCCCGAGCUCGCGCCUUCUGCUUUCGCUCGACCAUCUCGAGUGCAAUAUUCAGUUGUGCUCUAUUGCUAUCCUCCGGGUCGGGUCGUCUGGAACACUCUCUUCAUAUUGAUUGCGCUUGACGCUUCAAAAACUCGACGUUGGUCAAGGAGGAACGCCGGUCAUCUGCCCAUCGCAUAAAAUUUGAAAGGCAUGAUUCCUCUCACAAAACGCAGCACUCGUAGACUCGAGACGACUUUGGUGUCGUAUUCAAGACAAAGUCUUCCUCGACCUGCCCGUCUAUACUCCUCUCCUUCAAAAAGUGCACAUGCGCCAGCUUUCGCUACUUCGGUGCCUCAGCCGGAAGCUCCACUCCCUUACCUUCCGCCAAACCUCGAGCGAGAAUUCUCCAAGACCAAGGAGAUGGCGACCUUUCUACACGAACGACAAUCAUAUACCAUUCUGCCGACACCUGCGCCAGCCGACAGCUCCGAUACUAAUACCAUGAUAUUCCCGGACACGGCCCUUCAGAAUAUGGUGUCGAUCAUUGAAGCCUGCGUGCACAAUUUGUAUGAUGUUCCUCGAGCCAAGACAGUAUUUGAAGGCUUGCGCAGACGCCACAGAUGUGACCCAUUGCUUCAUGGCGGACUGUACAAUCUUCUUCUGGAUGCGUACAUCGAGAUGGCGUCGGUCAAAGAGGUUGAAAAGCGGUCGCACUGGGUAGAGGAUGCAUGUGCACUAUUCGAGGUGAUGGAAAACGGCAAGGACAAAGUGACACCUACAGCGAACACGUAUGCGAUUAUGCUUCGCGCUUGGGUACUCUUCAACCCGAGUUCGCACCGACUCGUGGCGAGCACAGUGGACAUGCCUACGCCGAUUAUGCUGCUGCGAGCGAUGAUUGACCGUCAGAUUCCGGUGGCAUUGGUCGUGGCGGACCGCGCUAUCAGAACGACCAAGGAAGCGUCAGAGGCCAUCAAGAUGCUAUCGAAGGCGGCAGUGGAUAUGAAUUUGGGAAAGGUGGUGAAUGAGCUUGGUAUGGCUGAGGCGCUUGGUAGCAGAGCUCCCGACCCAUUAGACAACGUGCCAGAGGCAACGCCCGUUACGCGAGCCAAAGUACGUACAUCUGGUCCUCUUUAUUAUCUACGUGCUAAUGAUCCACUUCAGAAGCAGCAACAGAUGCAAGUUACCCAUGCUCAAGACGGGUCUGUGACCGACUUUGGUGUUUCAGAAACCGCAGUAGAGGUCGAGCACGAAGUACCGUUCAAUCUGGCGAACCUUCGAAAGCAUCUGGCACAGGUCAUUCUCGCACGACGUGUGCUUCCGGAAGAUGUUGCAGCUCGUCAGAAGCUUUUAGAGGAGUCCGUCUACGACGUCGCUGUGGAACGGUUGAAGCACCAAGCAGAGCUGUUCGAUGAAAUUGGGCUGACGAACAAGGGACUCGGCAACAACGAUCUACGCAAGUGGAUGUGGGAAUGGCAUCAGAAGCUGAAAGUGCGACUGAAGGCAGAGAUUGCGACGUUGGCAGUGGAGGAAAGCAAACUUUCCGACGGGCGGGGUAUUCGUCUCUCGCCGUUCCUCACCCUCUUGAAGCCUGAGAAACUUUCACUGAUCACGAUCUUGGAACUCAUGCAUCUGCAAGGUGGAGCCGGUGCUAGCAAAGUCAUGAAGAUAGCUCGUGCGCUGCUUUCGGUCGGAAGGGCUGUCGAGAUAGAGUACAAGGCGGAGAUGUGCAAGAAGAACAAUAUCACGAUGCCCAGCAAUCCUGCUCGUGGAGGUGACCAUGGUUACUUCUCGCGACUUGGCUAUCGUGACUUACACGCCCGUCGUGUGGCGGCAGCCAAGUAUAUGGAGGACGCAGAGGAGUGGACGUCGGAUUGGUCGCAGAUUAUCCGUGUUAAAGUUGGCGCGUUCUUGGUCGAUUUGCUGAUGGACGUUGGGACUGUCGUGCGCACUGCAGUGGAUAGGCGGACGGGUGAAACCGUUUCUGAGGAACAGCCUGCCUUUGUCCACUCGUACGAGUAUCAACGGGGUCACAAACUUGGGGUCAUCAAGUUGAAUUCUAUCGUCGCGGAACGAAUCGCCAAAGACACCGUACGAGAAACAUUGCAUCCUCGUCACUUGCCCAUGUUAGUAAAGCCUAAGCCGUGGUUGGGUCAUGAUGAAGGUGGUUACUUGUACAACAAGACUUCGGUAAUGCGUUAUAAGGAAUCCACCGAACAGCAAAUAUAUCUGCGCCAAGCCUCCAAUCUCGGCAACGUAGAGCUUGUAUAUGCUGCUUUGGACGUGUUAAGCACCACGCCAUGGAAAAUUAAUCGUGACGUGUUCGAGGUUGUUCUGAAAGUUUGGAACUCGGGAGAGCGGUUCCAUAAACUGCCCCCUGCCGUCUAUGAUCAGCCUGAACCCCAGAAACCAGAGGAUUUCGACUUUGAUCCUAAGGCGAAGGCUAUCUACAUCACAAGACAAAGAGCGUGGUACAAUGACAAGGCGAACAACCAUUCGGACAGAUGUAACGUCAACUACAAAGUUGAAAUUGCUCGUACGUUCUUGGGAGACACAUUCUACCUUCCCCACAAUGUCGAUUUCCGUGGUCGUGCUUAUCCAAUUCCGCCCCAUCUGAACCACAUCGGUGACGAUCUUAGUCGUGGUCUCCUCAAGUUCGGAGAGUCAAAGCCGUUGGGCGAACGAGGUUUGCGGUGGCUCAAGAUUCACUUGUCCAACUUGUACGGAUUCGAUAAGGCGAGCUUCAACGACCGUGUUGCCUUCGUCGAUCAACAUCUGGCAGAUAUUUACGAUAGUGCGGAGAAGCCACUGGAAGGUCGUCGAUGGUGGACUACCGCUGACGACGCUUGGCAAUGUCUGGCUGCUUGCAUUGAGCUCCGUAACGCAUUGGAGUCCGGUGACCCCCACGCAUUCGAAUCAAGUUUGCCGGUCCAUCAGGAUGGAACUUGUAACGGUCUCCAGCACUACGCUGCCCUCGGUGGUGACGAUCGAGGUGCCCGACAAGUUAACUUGGACGUCACAGACAAGCCUUCUGAUGUCUACACUUACGUCGCCAACAUGGUUGAGGAGCAGCUUGUGAAGGAUAUUGAGAAGGGCAAUCCUAUGGCCCAACUCCUUUCCGGGAAGAUUGCCCGUAAGGUCGUUAAGCAAACUGUCAUGACGACCGUAUAUGGCGUGACGUUCAUCGGUGCUCGUGAACAGAUCGAGAAGCAGCUGAAGGAUCGUCUUGACAUUCCCGUCGAGGAAUGCUGGCUUGCCGCUAAUUACCUUGCUAAACUCGUAUUGCACUGUAUCGGAGACUUGUUCUCGGCGGCAAAGGACAUCCAGAACUGGCUCAACACAUGUGCACGUCUCAUAGCCAAGUCCAUCCCUCCUGAACGGCUUUCGGAUACCUUGCGGCCGACACCCCCCUCACAAAAGGGACGUCCUGCUCCGGAGCAAACUUUAUAUGCCAGAAUGAGGAAGGAGCAAAUGACUUCUGUUAUUUGGACUACACCCCUGGGUCUUCCUAUUGUUCAGCCUUACCGACAGGAGAAGCGCAAGCAAAUCAUGACUUCACUGCAGAGCGUCUUCAUCUCCGAUCCUAACUCACCAGCUAUGGUCAACUCUCAGAAACAGGCGUCUGCGUUCCCUCCAAACUUUGUUCAUAGCUUGGACGCAACCCACAUGAUGCUUACGGCACUGGAGUGCAGGACUCGGAACAUUACUUUCGCGUCUGUGCACGAUUCUUACUGGACGCACGCUGCCUCAGUCGAUGACAUGUCUGUCAUCAUUCGCGAGACCUUCAUUGGGUUGCAUUCAUCGAACGUCCUUCAGCGGCUGCAUGAAGAGUUCUGUGAACGAUACAAGGGCUAUAAAGUCCCUCUCCCCUCCAUCCGUACUAUGAUCCCGAAACUUCCCCGGACUGCCAAUAUUCUCCAGAUUUCGGACGACAAGGAGUCCCGCACUCUUGAUGAACAAGCUGUUGAGGAUCUCCGUCUGAAGGCUGGGGGUCUGCCAAUCGAGGAGGAGCCCGAGGAGGUAGAGGAAGACCAGGGUGAAGAGGAAGACGAAGAGGAAAAACCCAAGAAGAAGAAGGCUAAACGAGGCGGCAAGCGUGUAGUCUCUUCAGAGCUUAACCUGGACGACAAGUUUGUCAACCUCACGGAUCUUCUGCCGCCUGUGCCUAAGAAGGGUAUCUUUGACGUUGAUAGAGUCAAGAAUUCGCUUUACUUCUUCUCAUAGAGAACCACUUUUGCGUCCUUCCUUUUGACUAUGGUUAUUCUCAUUGCACUUCGUCACGCUAUUGCCUUUUCCCCUCCAUUGCGCGUCGGGUUCACAAGGUACUAUUCAUGCUCUCGAUAUCAGGCAACCCUUCGUCGUUCGUAUGCUCCUCCUACCACUAAUUAGUCGCACUCCUCACAUCGUACACCAUGUAGUUUAUAUGUUCAUAUAUUGCAUAGAAUAGCAUCACUACUCUUGGAACUUACAGUUGUGUGCUUAUGGAUUAGCUGCGUCAAUCCCCCAUUGUCGAACACCUCAAGCUUAAGUGGGAUGUCGACAUUCAGGAAACUCACUGGGCACAGCGGUGUUUAACACUAACCAGGCUUAUGACAAGCGGAAUCUAUAGCAGAACGUCUAAUAGAUAUCAUUUUGACUCGACGAUUGAUAC